AUGUCGGAGUCCCGUCAACGUGCGAUCGAGACCAACCGGUCUCUGCGGGUGAUCAAGAAUGAACUCGAGACCCUUCUCGAAAAAGGCGUGAUCGACGACGCCGCCUUCGACUCAAUCCACUCCCUUCUCCCCGCCGAGUCCCCCCUCUCCGGCGCAGGCGCCCGCAGCACCAACAGCACACCCGCUCCCGCAGCAGCAGCACCAGUCCCUUCUCCAGCUCUUCCCACCCGCAACAACAAUGCCAAUUCAUCUGCACCCGCCCCCCCUUCCUACGCCCAAUCCACAGCCUCCCCUCCCGCUCUCCCAACCCGCAACAACCCACCGGCCCCGCCAGCCCCCCCAGCCAAACCCGUCCUAACUCACGCCCGCGCUCUAUACCGCUACACCGCCAGCGACGCACGCGACUGCUCCUUCGAGCGGGACGACCGCAUCGCGGUGCACGAGUACAUGAAUGCCGACUGGUGGAUGGGCCGCAACCUGCGGACUAACCAGGAGGGGAUUUUCCCGAAGAAUUAUGUUGUAGCCGAGGAGCAGGCGCAGAAGACUGCUCCUGCUCAUACUCCUAUUCCUGCGCCAUACCAACAGCCGCAGUAUGCUUCCCCGGCGCCUGCCCAGCAGCACGGUGGGUAUCCCAUUGCGCCGGUGCCGGUGCAGGGCGGGUAUCCGGCUGCGCCACCGCCGGGACAGGCGUACCAGCAGGAUCAGCAGCAGGGCGGGGAUGGGAAGGAGAGUAAGAUGGGAGAGCAUGGGAAGAAGUUCGGGAAGAAGUUGGGGAAUGCGGCGAUUUUUGGGGCGGGGGCGACGAUUGGGAGUAAUAUUGUGAACUCGAUCUUUUAA